GUUAAAAAAGUUAAGAUUAAUAGUGUUAACUUAAGGUUUAAUCAAGGGUUAAAUUAAAGUUAAAAUUUGUUAAAAUAGACAAGACUAGAGUUACAAAUGAGUUGUAAAUUAAACGUAGGUUAAAAUGAAGUUUCUUGAGAUUCAGGAUUUUGAGGCAAUAAACAAGGCACUUGUUUUUGAUGCGGAUGAUUGCCGUGUUUUAGGACGUUGUGAAUUAUAUACAACUAAAGCGGCAGGAAGGGAUAAAAAGCUUUAUAAAGCUAUUGAUAAAUCCUUAGAAACACGUUAUCAAGAAGAUUUAGCACUGGAAAGAUCAUUAGAAUCAGGAGUUAGUAUGGUACAACAAAUGUCACCUUUUGGGCCCUUAGAUCAUCCAUCUUCUCGGAAAACGUUUGCAUAUAUUGUGGCAACGUUGAAUGCAUCCCAUCCUGAUCACGAUUUUACUAAUCUUCAGCCGGAAGAUUUUCGUAAAGAGCGCUCGCUGGCGAUGACGCUAAACGUAUUGAAUAUGACUUUAUUGAAUUUAAGCCGGCAACAAUUUUCAACAUCUGGUCUUUGGGAAGUGAUUGAUAAGCAUAUUGAACUGUCUCAGUGUGAUAUUUAUGUAUAUCAGCCAGAUAGUGAUUCUAAUCCUUUAGGAGAAGAAGGAUUAAUAUGGAGCACAUGUUAUUUCUUCUUUAAUAGAACAAUGAAAAGAGUUUUAUAUAUUAAUCUUAGUAAAGUUUCUUUCCAGCGUUCAAGACAUAUGGAUGAUGAAUUAGAAGAUGAUGAUGCAUUAUCAAGUGACAAAGGAUGUAUUUAUAACGAAUUUGAACAAGAUAUAGUUAGAAAAAUGGAUAUUUGA